AUGUCUUCCGCUCCAUUGCUACAGAAGGCCCCCGGCAAGAAAAUCGCUCUGCCUACCAGAGUUGAACCCAAAGUGUUUUUCGCGAACGAGCGUACUUUUUUGUCGUGGCUCAACUUCACGGUGAUGCUUGGCGGUCUGGGAAUAGGAUUGCUGAAUUUCGGCGACAAAGUGGGCCAGAUUAGUGCGGGUUUGUUCACGCUGGUAGCUAUGGCGACAAUGGUUUAUGCGCUGGUCACGUACCAUUGGAGAGCUUCUGCCAUCAGACGCAGAGGUUCAGGACCCUACGACGAUCGUUUGGGACCCACUGUGUUGUGUUUCUUUCUACUCAUCUCUGUGGUGGUCAACUUUUUGUUGAGACUGAAGUAUACGUGA